CUGCCUGUGGGGGCUUCAUCACCAAGCUCAAUGGGACCAUUACUAGCCCUGGAUGGCCCAAGGAAUAUCCUACUAACAAAAACUGCGUCUGGCAGGUGGUAGCUCCAGCCCAGUACCGGAUCUCUCUGCAGUUCGAAGUGUUUGAGCUGGAAGGCAAUGAUGUCUGUAAAUACGACUAUGUUGAGGUUCGUAGUGGGUUGACUUCUGACUCCAAGCUGCAUGGCAAAUUCUGUGGCUCAGAUAAGCCCGAAGUGAUCACGUCGUAUGGCAACAACAUGAGACUGGAGUUCAAAUCCGACAACACCGUCUCCAAGAAAGGCUUUAAAGUUCACUACUUCUCUGAUAAAGAUGAGUGCUCCAAAGACAACGGUGGUUGCCAGCACGAAUGCAUCAACACCUUUGGGAGCUACAUGUGCCAGUGCAGGAACGGCUUCAUGCUGCACGAGAAUGGCCGCGAUUGUAAAGAAGCUGGUUGUGAGCACAAGCUGAGUGGUGCGGAGGGAAUGAUGAGCAGUCCAAACUGGCCUGACAAAUACCCCAGCCGGAAAGAAACGCCUGGCCACCGAGUGAAAGUAACCUUCAAUGAGUUUGAGAUUGAACAGCACCAAGAAUGUGCCUAUGACCACUUGGAGAUAUAUGAUGGGCCCAACAGCAAGUCACCUAUCCUUGGCCGCUUCUGUGGCAGCAAGAAACCAGACCCUGUAGUGACUUCUACCAACAAAAUGUUCCUCAGGUUUUACUCCGAUGCUUCUGUGCAAAGAAAAGGUUUCCAGGCAAAGCACAGCACAGAGUGUGGUGGGCUCUUAAAGGCUGAAGUACGAACUAAGGAGCUGUAUUCCCAUGCUCAGUUUGGGGACAACAACUACCCAGGUCAAGCUAACUGUGAAUGGGUGAUUGUAGCUGAAGAUGGUUAUGGGGUGGAGCUGACAUUCCAGACGUUUGAGAUUGAGGAGGAGGCUGACUGUGGGUAUGACUACAUGGAGAUUUAUGAUGGUUACGACAGCACUGCACCCCGCCUGGGACGCUUCUGUGGCUCAGGGCCUCUGGAAGAAAUCUACUCUGCAGGGGAUUCCAUCAUGAUUCGAUUCCACACAGACGACACCAUCAACAAGAAAGGCUUUCAUGCCCAAUACAUAAGUACCAAAUUUCAGGAUGCAUUGCACAUGAGAAAGUAG